AUGUCGGGCGCCGACAAAGCCCGCUUCUAUCUCGAGCAGUCCGUUCCCGAGCUGCGCGAGCUGGAACGGAAGGAGCUGUUCUCCAGGGACGAAAUCACCGCCAUUGCCAAGAAGAGGAGCGAGUUCGAGCACAUUCUCAACGGCCGCGGAUCCUCGUCCCCCUCCGACUUUGCUCGCUACGCCGAAUACGAGAUGAAUCUGGAGUCGCUGCGGAAGAAGCGAGCGAAGCGCAUGGGAGUCAAGGCCGGCGGCCACAGCGGCCAGCGCCGUAUCAUGUUCAUCCUGGAUCGCGCUACACGAAAGUUCCACGGCGAUGUUGCUCUCUGGUUCCAGUACCUCACCUAUCUGCGUUCGCAGAAAUCCACCGGCAAGAAGAUGAAGGAGGUCCUGACAUCGGUGCUUCGCAUGCACCCGACGAAGCCGGAUCUAUGGGUGUGGGGCGCUCGCACAGCCUUGGACGCCGACGCCGACAUGACGAGCGCAAGAGGGUACAUGCAGCGCGGACUGAGGUUCUGCAAGAACUCUAGGCAGUUAUGGUUGGAGUACGCCAAACUGGAGAUGAUUUAUGUCGCAAAGAUCGCGGCUCGGAGGCAGAUUCUGGGUCUUGAUCAAGAGCGGAAGAAGACAGAAGAGGUGGCCGAGGACCCAGACGCAGACAUGAUUGCGCUUCCCGACGUCACGGCAGAAGACAUCAACCCCAGCUUGGCCAAGGAUGACGGUGUCGACGAGGUGGCUUUGCAGAACCUCGCCAACACGCCCGUACUGCAGGGCGCUAUCCCACGGGCCAUCUUCGAUGAGGCGAUGAAGCAAUUCCAGAACGACCCCAGGCUGGCCGAGCAGUUCUUCGACAUGUUCGCUGAAUUCAACCGGACGCCAUGUACCAGGACCCUGCUUCAGUACAUUGUGGACACGCUGAACAAGAGGAACCCGACUGCCCUGCCAAGCCAGGUUUGCAACUUCAAGCUACCAUUGUUCGGUCUAGAACCCACCUCUGCCGAGUUCCCUGGCGCUCUUGGCAAAGCUCUUCAGAGCAUCAAGGCAUCUCUACAGCAAACUCCACAGACGAAGCAUCAGCUGGCCGAGAAGGCCAUCUUGUGGAUUCUGCCUAUUCUACACGUGGAAGACCUGGAUGACGCACUACGCCAGGUUCUAUCCGCCUCUCUUCGCCAAUACGUCCGCUCUUUGCAGGGUGAAGAUCAGCUGGUCAGUGCCGUCGCUGGGUUGCAGCAGGCGAAACGGACGGAAGAUGCGCGCGUUCUAGUCGAGUGCUGGUCGAGACAGUGGCCCGGCAGCGAGCGCCUGAUUCAGGCUCAAGCAUCGUUGGAGGUGUGA